CGGUGGCGGUGGCGGUAGAGAAAGGAAUGAGAAGGGCAUGUUGGGAAUAGGAUAGCUAACAAGACAUGUUCUUAGUUUCUUCCAUUUCUACUUCUUGGCUUGCUUCGUCUUCCGUUUCAUCGCAGGUGUUUCAGGGACUUGAUAUGUUCGUGUAAAGAUGUCCUUUAAAAGCAUCAUUCGCGAGCUUAAGGAGAUGAAAGAUGGGAUUGGGAGUAUAUCAAGGAGAGGAGUGGAAGGCAAGAAUUGCCGUAACCGCAAAAAAAGUCAUAUAGCUCCCGAUCAAGCGCUGUUCCCAUCUGAUUCAAAUCAACAGAGUCAGUGGGCAAAUCUACCACCUGAGUUGCUUUUAGACAUUGUUAGGAGGGUAGAGGAGAGUGAGACCUCGUGGCCAGCUCGUGCAGUGGUUGUUUUUUGUGCUUCAGUUUGUAGGUCGUGGAGGGAAGUUACCAAGGAAAUUGUUAAAACCCCUGAGCAGUGUGGAAGGCUUACAUUUCCAAUCUCACUUAAGCAGCCUGGUCCUCGUGACUUUCCCAUACAAUGCUUUAUUAGAAGGGAUGGAGCAACUGCUCAAUAUCUUUUGUUCUCCGGUCUGAUGCCUUCUGAGGAUGGAAGCAAUAAGUUGUUGUUAGCAGCCAGAAAGGUUAGAAGGGCAACAUGCACAGACUUUGUGAUAUCUUUGGUUGCCAAUGAUUUUUCUCGGGCCAGCAGUACAUAUGUUGGUAAACUGAGGUCUAACUUUUUGGGUACCAAGUUCUCCAUAUAUGACAGCCAACCUCCAUGUGGUAUAGCAGUUCAGCCAACUAAUCGUAUGAGUCGCAGAUUUCAUUCUAAGCAGGUCUCUCCAAGAGUAUCUGCAUAUAACUACAGAAUAGGCACCAUCUCCUAUGAGCUCAAUGUUCUGCGCACUAGAGGACCCAGGAGAAUGAAUUGCAUCAUGGAUUCUAUUCCUUUCUCUUCCAUCGAGGAGGGGGGCACCGCCCCAACACCAUCAUCAUUCCCACAGUCUCUUGAAGAGCACUUUUCUUCCUUCCCAGAUUUGAAGGAAAAGGAACCAGUGAUAUGUAGCGAGGCCCCAGGUUUGUCAGUUUCACCAGGAUUGACGAUGGGCACUCCUGAGCCACUGGUUCUUAAAAAUAAGGCUCCUAGAUGGCAUGAGCAGCUACAAUGCUGGUGCCUAAAUUUCAAAGGGCGUGUCACAGUGGCUUCUGUUAAGAAUUUCCAGCUUGUGGCAGCUAUUGACCCAACCCAGAAUGUGCCAGCUGCGGAGCAGGAGAAGGUAAUUCUGCAAUUUGGAAAAAUUGGAAAAGAUAUCUUCACCAUGGAUUACCACUACCCACUCUCUGCCUUCCAAGCCUUUGCAAUCUGCCUUAGCAGCUUCGACACGAAACCAGCUUGUGAAUGA